AUAUGAAUCUGUGGUGAAAGCACUGUUCAGAAAGACCAGAAGCAGUGAAUUACAGUUAUGAAAUCACAUCUUUCAAAAAAUAUUUAUUGCAUUAAGUACCAGAAUUAUGACUGAUGUCAAUUUAAAUUAAUGCAGAGCUCAAACACUGGAUUUAUCAACUAUCUUACUAUGCCACAGGAGCAGCUGAAUGUGAACCCCAGUGCUGGCUCCAGUCCUCAGUGAUCAGCACAAUAAAAUUUGGAGAUCCCUUAGACAUUUCUUAGUGCCGUUCUUCUAUGCCUUUACCAAGGUGGGAUGCAUUUGGGGCUGGAACCACAGGCUACUCUUCUCCCUUGCACAUAUCCCUCCUAUACCUACCUUUCUAUGGCUCAGUCUAGGCAGAGCUGGGUUUCAGCUCCAACUCCAUUGGGGCUCAACAUCUCCAAUGCCCGCAGGUCAAGACUAUGCUAAGCAGGGGCAUUCCUGUUCUGGGGUUGCUUAUGGCCUUGGGGCUGUCACUGUGUUCAGGGCAUGGAAGUUGCCUCCCCCAGCAAGCAGCUGUGGGCUGAGCCAGGGCCUGCCUGGGUUCUCCUUCUGCAUUGCUGCAGUGCCAGCAGCUCUGAGUGAUGGUUCUGGUUCGAGUGCCUGAACCACUAAUUUCUGUCCCAAAGUUAUUUUGUCUGUAAAGCCUCCUGUAUGAGUCCUGUAGGCCCCCUUCAGGUACUGGAAAGUCGCUAUGAGGUCCCCCCGAGUGCCUUCUCCAGGUUGAGGAGCCACUACUUUCACAGCCUGUCCUCAGGUGCUCCAGCCUUCUGAUGAUCUUCCUGGCCGUCCUCUGGUCCUGCUCCAAUGUCCCUGUGAUCCUGCUCCAAUGUCCUUCUGUUGGGGGCCCCAGAACUGGACACGGUACUCCAGGUGAGGUCUCACAAGAGCAGAGCAGAGGGGCAGAAUCCUCUACUACUCUAUUGCUCCUCUGAGAAACACUGUUCCUGCCACUACUCGUACACACAACGGCUACCCAUUAUCUACUUGUUCCAGUUGUCUAGAGAAAUAUCCCACCGGCCUCUUCCAGGACCCAGUGUGUUCUUUUAGCACUUCCAGUACAAUGCGAUGCCUUUUGUACACACAUCAUUCAAAAGGCUUUUCCAAAUUGGGAAGUGCUAGAGCAGCUUUCAAUUGGAUAAAAGCAGUUUGGCAUUCUGAGUUCUGUUCCAAAAAUUCUCCUUCUCCUUUAGCAGCUUAAGCACACAAAGGUUUCACAAUCAGUCCAUAAUUCGGUAUUCACCAUCUACGCCAUCCUGCCAUACUUGACAUAAGAAAGUGCGCCAUUCCUGUUUUGGCUUUGGCUCUGGUUGCCUUUGCCUUCUUUCUCUCGAUCUCCAAGUGUCGGUACCCUUGAGUGAUGAUAAAACAUACAUACUUCACAGGCUGUGAUUUCUUCUUCAGUGAAGAAGAAUUGUUUUGAAUUGCAUGUAAUAUACAUAAUAUAGCUAAUGUAUGUAACCAACAGAUUCUUCAUACAUUCCAUUUGAGAAUGUGUUUAGGUCAACUGAUAACAGUGUCACAAAUAUUCCAAAACAUCAACUAUUUUUUCGGCACUCUUGAAACCCAUUCUCAAAUUCCUUAAUCAAAACGGAAAACACGGGUGCAUAUUUUUUGCUGUUCAUGAGACUGUGUUUAUCCAGUGUAUCAAAAUUCAUAAAGCGAUUUGCCAUGAUUUGAGUUAGCAAUACGUUGCACCCUCCUCGGCUCCUGGUUGCAGCCCAGCCAGUACUGAUUGCACACCAGUGUUUGGUCACAGGUGAACAGUUAGUGCUCUGAAUGAAAGACCUCCCAGGCUUUUAUGACUACCUGCUCUGUACGUCUAUAUCACCUUCCAAUAUUCUUCAAAAUAUCCAUUCUGUUUUUCUUCACUGCCAAAAUGAACAUGACGAACUAAUAGCCGUAAGCAGACAUAGACAAUGGGAGUCUUCUGCAAUACUACUGGGCAUUUAUAUUUGCAUUUAAUUCAUGGAUUCUUAACAGAGGCUACUUCACGACAACACAUCAGAUCCUACACCACAACUAAGUAUCUUAAUGUAAAGCAGCUACAUGCAUGGAUUUUAAACACAACAAGUAACUUAUCCUAGCCAGUUCUUUGCUAACAUUUUGCUGACAAGAACUUACGGAACAUUCAAAACAGUGCUGGAAGUCAUUCAAUGAUAAUCAUCUCAAAAUGUCUUAACAUUAACUCAAGAAAAAUUAAGAAACAAAAUAAAGGGUCUAUACCCAAAGUAUUAUGAGUUACAGUUCAAGGAGAAAAAAAAAAAAGAGAGAAAAUAAAGAACGUAAGAAUGCUACAUCCUCUUUUCUUCCCACAGAUACUAAGCGUAAUGAUGGCAGAAAUAAUCAUACAAAUCCGUGGUGAGAACACUAUUCAGAAAGACCUUAAACAGUGAAUUCCAGAUAUGUAAGCACAUCUGUGUAAAAACAAUCAAAAUAGGCAAUUGCCAGCAAUCUUAACUUACUGGGAAGAAAAGAAUAAUAAAGUCUUUAAUCCUUUUAAGACAUAUAUUGAUGUUACUCACCCAGCACGUAUCAAGGCAAAGUUAUGUUUGCUGUAUUACAUAGAUUUCCAUGGAACUUGGUCGACCAGAUCUUUCAGGAUCCCAAAAACAAACCAUUGCACAGAGGCACUGUUCCGUUUGACAACAGUAAAGAGAAUAACUGAGUCCAGCAGCUGCUUCACACAGCACAAGUCACAGCCAAGAGUGGCACAUGAACUGUAGGCAUAUCUAUGUUAAUAUUCACAUGUAGAAAUUGCAAAACAGAAAUAUAAAAUUAGUAACAAAUAACUUUGCACAUUCAAAGCUUCAGUCCUAACUUAAACAGGUGCUUUCCACUACAGAAAUUCAGUAUUCUUGGCACUGCUUUGGAGGAGAAGAAAAAUUUUACAGGAAGGAACGUCUUACAACUCUGUCGCUGGAAAAACAACAUGUUUACUCUAAAAUAAAAUCAAAAGGAGUUCAACUCAUUUAACGGAACCAAUUAAAAUUCAUUAUUUAUUAAAUACUCUGUUCCUUGGAUGAAACAGAGGUGAAAGGUUCCUUGUGUGAAAAGGGAUGGAGAAAGAGUGUGUGCAUCAACGUCAGAAUGUGCUGGGUCUUUUAGCCACUGUCUGGUUUUACAAAAGUUCUAAGAAUAUUUGACCAAAUAGGUUUAGAGCACACGGACGUUAUAUUGUCUUUUAACCUAAAUACUUGACUUUAUCAAGAUUUCCUGCUUAUUUGUUCUAAGAACUCUAAGAUAAGUUCCUUGCAGUCUCUCUGAUCUUAUAACAUAGCUACUACAGUAAAUACAAACAACAGCUAAAUUUGAGCUUUUGUUCCUAGCACAAUUUUUAAGUCAUAGUGAAGGUUGCUUUGCUCCUUUUCAAGAAAACUUUGCCUUGGACAUAGCCCACAGGAACCAACAGAAAUCAUGAACACAGAUUGCAGCUCUGAAGCUUAUGAACAUGAAUUCACACAAAAAUGAAAUAAAAUCAUCUCCACUGCAUGCCCAAAGCACUGAACGAGAGGAAACAAGGAUUGGGAAAUCGCACAGGGUUAACUGGCUGUGCCACAGCAAUUAAGUCCUCCCAAGGUCUCGUAUGUGUAUUCAACAAGUAGAAUUUGCUGCUCUGUGCAGCUAUAAUCCUUUACAGCAUGCGUGUCCAACCCUCUGGCUUGCCUGAGCCAUAUGGAGUGAAGAAGUAUGGUCUUCAAUCGCAUAUGAAAUACACAUUAUAGUUCGGUUACAGAAGAAAAAGACUGUUGUGAUUUUUAAAUCGUUUUUAUUAAAACAUUCCGCUUGUGUCAGGAGUGUGCGUGUGUCACGUAGUUCCUGCAGCAGCACAAAAAAGCCUGUUUCCACCAGGGCUGCAAUCAGGGAGAAGCCCAGCCCUCACCCUGUGGGCACAGCAGCGCUCAGCAGCGCCAAGUCCCACUCCCCCUAACUGCACUUCUGAGGCAGGGACAGACCCUGAGCACGGCCAGUCUCUGCUGCCAGUGCCCCCGCUGCAGAAACAAGAUCCCCACAUUGAGCGCCAUCAGACACGCACAACAUGGGGAUGUCAACCCCACUCGGGCUGGUGUCCUCCUGCUCUGGAAGGCCUGGCCCUUUGCUGUCCAUGAGCGCUGUGCCGAGAUGGAAGAGCAAGGCUGCCCUAGGGUGGUUCCAGGGCUGCAGCCCUGCCCAAGGGACAGCUCCACUGGCACAGGGAUCAUUGGCAACAGGGUGAAGGGAAGCGAUCCUUCCUGCUGCAGCAUGGCCAACACCCGGCCCCUCAGCCUGCACAGAGCCGACGCCUUCCUGCUUGGGUGCCGAGGACCCCCAGCUUCAACCCCCGGGUGGUGACUCUGUCACAGUGGGUGGCAGGGAGCGGCCACUGUGACCCAUGGGGCUGUGAGCAGAACAAAGACUGCCAAGCUCACGCCUUGCGUCAGUGUGACUUGGUGAGGUGCGGAGAGGGCAGGGAGGAAGGGGCUGCCUGAGGCUGAUAGCGGGAGGAAGGCUCCCACCCCUCCGUGCCCUGUGCGGUAAACUCACCCUUGUCCUGCUUCUCCCUCAGAGUUGGCAGAGGAGUGUGCAGAGGAGAAAGCCCAGCGUUGCCGGAGCAGAACUCUGCAAGUGCUCGCUGUCGAUGUGCGCCAUGUGCUCAAGGAGGCAGGAGGCCCCCACCUUGAGGGAGCCAGCGUGCAUGCUGUGCGGCCAGACAGAUGCUGACCCAGACAUCUGUGGGCUCAAGCAGCUGGACUUUGGGAUAUGUGCCCAUGCUUUCUGUAUGGCAUUUUCCAACGGCCUUUUCCAGCAGGCAACUAUAGUGAACAGGACUGCAGAGGUGUCCCCUGAAGACGUCCAACGCAUAAUCCAGGAGGCAGAGCAGAAGCACUGCUUCAUCUGUGGCGAAAUGGGGGCCCCCAUCACCUGUGCAGAGACGGGCUGUGAAGACAGUUUCCAUCUGCCCUGCGCCCGAGUGGGUGAAUGUGUCACCCAGUACUUUGGAGACUACAGUUCAUUCUGCCAGAAACACAGCCCUAAGCAGGCUGCGGAGGUGACUCCAGAGCAGAACACCAACUGCAUUAUCUGCAUGGAGCCCGUGGAGGACAAGAAGUCCUACAGCACCCUGGUGUGCCCAGCCUGCAAACACGCCUGGUUCCACCGGGCCUGUAUCCAGGUAGAAGCCCUCCCUUUAACCAACAGGCAAGCUGCAGCAGGCAAUCAGCAGCACCUGAGCCUGCUCCCGCUCCCACUGACUGUGUUUCUGCUACAGGGACAGGCCAUCCGUGCGGGCGUUAACUGCUUUCAGUGUCCCCUCUGCAGAGAUGCGGAUGCCUUUCUAUCUGACAUGCUCAUCAUGGGCAUCCGAAUCCCACUCAGUGGACCAAUGUGGGAGGACGGCAAUGCAUACGCAUCGCUGGGAUUGAGACACGGGCGCUGUGAUGCCACCGAGUGCCUUUGCCCACAAGGCAGGGAACAGGCAGAGGGAGAGGGGCCCUGGGAGCUCUUCCUGUGCAGCUCCUGUGCUGCGGAAGGCACUCACCGGUGCUGCUCCCACCUGAGUAACAACGCAGACGAGUGGGAGUGCAAAGCCUGUGCUGGCGUGGGCACCGCCUCCAGUGUCAACUCAGAGGUCACCGGCCCCAACACCGCCAGCCAGCAUGGACUGCUGCCAUCCAACAGUUCCACAGCACCUGAGAGCAGCAGCUCCAGCACUGCCAGCCAGGCAGCAUCAGGGCCUGGUCACAGUUCCCAGGUGCCUGACAGCGGCAGCCAGUCCAGCCAGCCUGGGACAGGCCAAAGGGAUGAAGACAUCUACAGUCAUCCCCAACGUUGCCGUGCUGCGGCUCCAUCGGGUGCAGCUGAGAGAUGCAUCCCAACAUCUUCCAGUCAGAGGGCAUCACGGUCCUCAAGGGCUUCCCAAGCAGUUGGCAGCCGCAGGUCCAGACAGGGAGAGCGGACUCGGACGCGAAGCCGCUCCCCAAUACAAUCUCAGGCGCCACGUUCCAACCGCCAUCCCCAAAGGUGCUCUGGGAGGAGCCACACACCAGCUCCAAGGGCUGAGAGUGGCUCCCAGCGCUACAGCAGACGGGGAGCACUGGGAUCAUCAGGGGAUUCCCCAGCGGCUGAUCGAAGAAGCCAGCGCAGGCAGCCAGUGCAGGCCCAGACACGAAGCCGUUCCCCUGUGGAACGUUGGCCUGCAGAAUCCCGGGGCCAGCUCCAAAGACACCGCAGGAGCCAGUCCAGGCGACGAGGGCCAGCCCAGGUGCAAAGCCGCUCCUGGGUACGUCGGGCCGAGAAUCCCCGCAGCCGGCCCCAACGAAGCCGCAGGACUAGCCGGAUGUGAGCCCCGAGUGCUGGCUCAUUUUGCUGACAAGAACUUAUGGAACAUUCAAAACAGUGCUAGAUGUCAUUCCAUUCAAUGAUAAUAAUCUCAAAAAUGUCUUAAAAUAAACUCAAAAAAGUAAAAAAAAAAUUGCCUAUGCCUAAAUUAUUAUGAGUUAUAGUUCAAGAGGAAAAAAAUGAAAUGAGAAAAUAAAUAAUGUAAGAAUGCUGCAUCCUUUUUUCUUCCCAUGGAUAC